UUUGGGUUUUUCCAUCUGGGCAUCAAUUUAUUUUGCUAAAUUUGUGUGAAUUUUUCAUCUAAUUUUUAGUCAUUUUGAGAUAAAGUUGUGAACUUGGUAACAAUUUGUGCUUUUAUUCAUCGGGGUAUCAAUCUUUUUUGCUAAAUUUGUGUUUUUAUAAUCUGGGUGUGAAUCAUUUAGUGAUAAAGUUGUGAUCUUGAUGUGAUGGGGGAAGAAAAGGCUGAAGUUCUUGAAGCUGUGUUGAGAGAAACUGUAGAUUUGGAAAGUAUUCCCAUUGAGGAGGUAUUUGAGAAUUUGAGAUGUAGUAAAGAUGGUCUCACCACUUUUGCUGCUCAAGAAAGAUUAGCCAUUUUUGGCUAUAACAAGCUAGAAGAAAAUAAGGAGAGCAAAUUAUUGAAAUUUUUAGGGUUUAUGUGGAAUCCACUCUCAUGGGUGAUGGAAGCUGCUGCUAUAAUGGCAAUUGCUCUUGCUAAUGGAGGGGGAAAGCCUCCCGACUGGCAGGAUUUUUUGGGAAUCAUUCUUUUGCUUUUGAUAAAUUCUGCGAUUAGUUUUGUGGAAGAAAACAAUGCAGGCAAUGCAGCUGCAGCUCUUAUGGCUACUCUGGCCCCAAAAGCAAAGAUUUUAAGAGAUGGAAAAUGGAAUGAAGAUGAUGCUUCAAUUUUAGUUCCCGGGGAUGUAAUCAGUGUAAAACUUGGAGAUAUUAUUCCGGCGGAUGCUCGUCUGCUUGAUGGCGAUCCUUUGAAGAUUGACCAGUCAGCUUUAACAGGUGAAUCACUCCCUGUGACAAAAGGCCCGGGGGAUGGAGUCUACUCAGGUUCUACUUGCAAGCAAGGAGAGAUAGAGGCAGUUGUGGUUGCCACUGGUGUUCACACGUUCUUUGGGAAAGCUGCUCACCUUGUUGACACCACCAAUCAAGUUGGUCACUUUCAAAAGGUGUUGACAGCAAUCGGGAACUUCUGCAUUUGUUCAAUUGCUGUGGGGAUGCUUAUUGAGAUUAUAGUGAUGUUUCCAAUUCAAGACAGAAAAUAUAGGCCUGGGAUAGACAAUCUUCUUGUGCUCCUAAUUGGAGGAAUCCCAAUCGCCAUGCCCACCGUUCUCUCUGUAACAAUGGCAAUUGGAUCUCAUCGUUUAGCUCAGCAGGGAGCCAUAACAAAGAGAAUGACAGCCAUUGAAGAAAUGGCAGGAAUGGAUGUGCUUUGUAGUGACAAAACCGGAACUCUGACACUAAACAAGCUCACUGUCGAUAAGAACCUUAUCGAGGUAUUUGCUAAAGGUGUAGAUCCAGAUACUGUUAUUUUGAUGUCAGCCCGGGCCUCCAGAACCGAAAACCAGGAUGCCAUUGAUGCUGCUAUUGUUGGUAUGCUCGCUGAUCCAAAAGAGGCGCGUGCUCGCAUCAAGGAAGUUCAUUUUUUGCCAUUUAAUCCAACUGACAAGCGCACAGCAUUGACUUAUUUAGACGAUGAGGGUAAAAUGCAUAGAGUCAGCAAAGGGGCACCUGAGCAGAUCUUAAAUCUUGCACACAACAAAUCAGAUAUUGAACGACGAGUUCAUGCUAUAAUUGACAAAUUUGCAGAGCGAGGGUUACGGUCACUGGCUGUAGCAUACCAGGAUGUUCCUGAUGGUCGGAAAGAGAGCCCAGGAGGACCUUGGCAAUUUAUAGGUCUCAUGCCUCUUUUUGAUCCACCACGGCAUGAUAGUGCUGACACCAUAAGAAGGGCUUUGGAUCUUGGAGUAAAUGUUAAAAUGAUUACAGGGGAUCAACUGGCAAUCGGAAAAGAAACUGGACGCCGUCUUGGAAUGGGUACCAACAUGUAUCCGUCAUCUGCUUUAAUUGGUCAAAAUUCUGACGAGUCUAUUGCUGCUUUACCAAUUGAUGAACUUAUAGAGAAAGCUGACGGUUUUGCCGGCGUGUUUCCCGAGCACAAAUAUGAAAUAGUAAAACGCCUACAAGCUAGGAAACACAUUUGUGGAAUGACGGGUGAUGGUGUAAAUGACGCCCCUGCUUUAAAAAAGGCUGAUAUUGGAAUUGCUGUGGCUGACGCAACCGAUGCAGCCCGUAGUGCUUCUGACAUUGUCCUCACUGAACCAGGGCUCAGCGUUAUCAUUAGUGCCGUCUUGACCAGUAGAGCUAUUUUUCAGAGGAUGAAAAAUUACACAAUUUAUGCUGUUUCUAUUACAAUUCGUAUAGUGCUUGGUUUUAUGCUGCUCGCAUUGAUCUGGAAGUUCGAUUUCCCACCUUUUAUGGUGCUUAUCAUUGCUAUUCUUAAUGACGGUACAAUUAUGACGAUAUCAAAGGAUCGAGUAAAGCCAUCUCCUCUUCCAGAUAGCUGGAAAUUAGCCGAGAUUUUCACAACAGGCGUCAUUCUAGGUAGUUACUUAGCUAUGAUGACCGUUAUCUUCUUUUGGGCGGCUUACAAAACCGAUUUUUUCCCGCGUACUUUUGGUGUACCAACACUUGAGAAAACAGCUCAUGACGAUUUCAGAAAGCUUGCUUCAGCAGUAUAUCUUCAAGUCAGCAUAAUCAGCCAAGCCCUAAUAUUUGUGACACGUUCACGUAGUUGGUCAUUCGUUGAACGCCCUGGUUGGCUGCUUGUUAUGGCUUUUGCUGUCGCCCAGUUGAUUGCCACGUUGAUCGCGGUGUAUGCAAAUUGGAGUUUUGCUGCGGUAGAAGGAAUUGGGUGGGGCUGGGCUGGUGUAAUCUGGCUGUAUAAUAUCAUCUUCUACUUCCCUCUUGAUCUCAUCAAAUUCUUUAUCCGUUACGCCAUCAGUGGUCGGGCAUGGGAUCUUGUUAUUGAGAGAAGGAUUGCAUUCACUAGACAAAAGGAUUUUGGGAAGGAACAACGUGAGCUGCAAUGGGCACAUGCGCAAAGAACGCUUCAUGGACUUGAAGUUCCUGACGCGAAAAUGUUUGGUGAUCGAACGAAUGCUACGGAGCUCAACCAGAUGGCAGAAGAAGCAAAACGGAGAGCAGAAAUGGCAAAGUUAAGAGAAAUGCAUACUUUGAAGGGGCAUGUUGAAUCGGUGGUUAGAAUGAAGGGUAUCGAUAUAGAAACAAUUCAACAAUCGUACACUGUCUAAUAGAUAAACUGAGGUUAGAAUGAAGGGUAUCGAUAUAGAAACAAUUUAACAAUGGUACACUGUCUACCAGAUAAACUAAGUUUUAGUUUCGUAAUUACAUUACAUUAUGAUAACAAUGUAAUGUAGGUAUUGAUUACCAAAAGUUACAAUAUAAUUAAACCAUAUUUUUCCUGCA